UCUGUGGCCAGUCACUUUUCAGACAUUAGCCUUGGCCCUCCUAUUGGGGCUUCCUCUCUGUCCUGUGGCAGCUCCAUGGCUCUCACCCCAAAGAUGCUGCCGCUGCUGCUGUCCCUGCUGUGGGCAGGGUCCCUGGCUCAGCAUUCAGAAUACCAGAUGCAGGUGCAGGAGCUCCUGACGGUGCAGGAGGGCCUGUGCACCUCCGUACCCUGCCACUUCUCCUACCCCCGCCAAUACACUAAUAAUGACCCAGCUUAUGGCUACUGGUUCCGGGAAGGAGCCAGUUCAAACAACGAUGCUGCAGUGGCCACAAACAACCUAGGUCAUAAAGUGCAGGAGGAGACCCAGGGCCGAUUCCGCCUCCUCGGGGACCCCCGGGCCUAUGACUGCUCCCUGGACAUCAGAGAUGCACAGAGAAGGGACUCGGGGACAUACUUCUUUAGGGUGGAGAGAGGGUCUUCUGUGAGAUAUAAUUACCUGCAGAAUCAGCUCUCCGUGUUUGUGACAGCUCUGACACAGACACCUGACAUCCACAUCCAGGGGUCCCUAGAAUCUGGCCACCCCAAGAACAUUACCUGUAGCGUGCCAUGGGCCUGUGAGAGGGGGACACCCCCCACCUUCUCCUGGAUCGGAGUUGCCCUCCCCUCCUGGGGCUCCAAGGCUCCCCACUCCCCCGUACUCACCCUCACCCCGAGGCCCCAGGACCAUGGCACCAACCUCACCUGUCGAGUGACCUUCCCCGGAGCUGGUGUGAGCACGGAGAGGACUGUCCAGCUCAACGUGUCCUAUGCACCCCAGAACCUGACCAUCAGUGUGUUCCGAAGAGAAGGUACAGGACCUGAGGCUCUGGGCAAUGGCUCGUCUCUCCCAGUCCAGGAGGGCCAGCCCCUGCGCCUGGUCUGCAUCGAUGACAGCAACCCUCCUGCCAGGGUGAGCUGGACCCGGGAUAGCCUGACCCUGCAGCCUUCACAACCCUCAAAUCCUGGGAUCCUGGAGUUUCCCCGGGUGGAACUGGUGAACCACGGAAGAUACGUCUGCCAAGCUCAGCACCUGUUGGGCUCCCUGGAAGCAUCCGUGAGCCUCCUUGUGAAGACCCCCGUGAAGCUGUUUGGUCCCUCCUGCUCCUGGGAGGGCGAGGAUAUGCACUGCCACUGCUCUGCUCAAUCCCAGCUGCUCCCUUCUGUGCACUGGUGGCUGGGGGAGGAGCUGCUGGAGGGGAACCACAGCAACGCCUCCUGGAUCCUCACCUCCAGCUCUGUGGGGUCCUGGGCCAACAGCUCCCUGAGCCUCAGCGGGCCGCUGGGCUCCAGCCUCAGACUCAGCUGUGAGGCCUGGAAUGCCCACGGAAAACAGAGCAUGGCUAUCCUGCUACUGCCAGGGAGACCAGGGGCCAGGACGGGUGUGAUUCAGGGGGCCAUCUGGGGAGCUGGUAUCACAACCCUGCUUGCUCUCUGUCUCUGCCUCAUCAUCUUCUUCACAGUGAAGACCUACAAGCAGAAGUCAACCAGGAAAGCAGCGUGCAGGGAUGGCGUCCAUCCAGCCUCAAAUAUGGUCUCCCAGGAUCACCUGAGCAAACGCUGCUCAGACAGCCCCUCAGACCACCUGCCCCCAGCUGUGGCCACCUCCCCCUCAGAGAAGGAGCAGGAGCUCUACUACGCCAGCCUCAGCUUCCACGGGCUGAAGUCACACAACUUUCAGAACCAGGAGACCACUGAGUAUGCAGAGAUCAAGAUCCAGAAAUGAUGAGCCCAACCUGAUCCCUGCCUCCAGUAGGACCAGCUCUGACUGGAGCCUGGACAGGACAUUUCUGAAGAAACGCAUAGCAGACACUGAUUCCUUAGGAGUUGACAGCCCUCGGAGCCAAAGUUUAUAAAUUGGAAUGUGACACUUCUUAGAGUGGCGGAAAAUCACAGAUUCCUGAUUUCAAACAUCAGGUGAGGCACUUCACCUCCCUAUGCCUCCCUGUGUUCCCUCCUCUGUGAAAUGGGGAAUAAUAAUCAUCAGGUACAUUGUUCAGUGGGGAAAAAAUGCACCAUUGGCAUUGUUAAGCAUAUCCUUAUGUGUUAAGUUUACCUCAGGAUGGAGGGAGAGAUCAGCUUUUGAACAUGUA